CCCAACCCAGAGCUGCCACUUAAAUUGUGCGAUUACUCUUGCAUCGGUGGUUGCAUUAUUGCUAUGCGUAGAGCCGUCAAUGUCACUGCUCCGUGAAGCCGAAAAAUGCAUCGCUAACCAGACUCGCUUCCUCGAGCUCAAUGCCGUGAUUACUCCUCUGCAGAGCCAGGCUGGAUGGCUGCAACGAGUGCGAGACGCCGAUGCGCGAAGGGAAAAUGGCACCCAAAAGUCGGCACUUGAUGGCAGGAUAAUUGCUAUCAAGGAUAAUAUCUGCACUCGUUCGCUUCCGACGACAUGCGCCUCUGCGAUGCUUGAGAAGUUUUCCAGUCCUUUUGACGCUACAGUAAUCAGCGCCCUGGAGGAAUCCGGUGCGAUUAUUGGGUCGAAAACGAACCUGGAUGAGUUCGGAAUGGGCUCGCAUUCAACAAACUCGCGUUUUGGGGAGGUCAAAAGUAGUUUCUGUGGGAAUAGCGGAGAGCCUCUUUCUGCUGGCGGUAGUUCUGGAGGGAGUGCUGUUGCGGUUGCUACAGGGCAAUGCUAUGCUGCUUUAGGGACUGACACAGGCGGGUCCGUUAGGCUUCCUGCCGCGUAUACAGGGACCGUCGGAUUCAAGCCUUCCUACGGACGAGUAUCUCGCUGGGGUGUUGUUGCAUAUGCGAACUCACUCGAUACUGUUGGUAUUAUUGGCCAGAAGACGUCGGUUGUUCGGGAAGUUUUCGGUGUUCUCAAUCAUCAUGAUCCACGAGACCCCACCAGUCUACCAACAAACUCUCGGUCCCGGAUUUCUGCUCUUCUAUCACAGUCUCAGUUCUCCAAUCGCUUAGCUUCUCGACCCUUGCGAAUUGGUGUUCCUCUUGAGUAUAACUUGACAGAGCUGACUCCGUCACUUCGCAAAGCCUGGCUCUCGGCGCUCAAAGCUCUAGAAAAACAAGGUCACUCUUUGCACCCAGUAUCUUUAUCGUCGACAAGACACGCAUUGCCAGCCUACUACAUUCUCGCACCGGCAGAGGCAUCAUCUAAUCUCGCCAAAUAUGAUGGUAUCAGAUACGGUACUCGUGCCGCCGGCCCAGACAGCGGGGAGGGGUUGAAUGGGUAUCUCUAUGCAAAGACACGCGGCGAAGGCUUUGGUGCCGAGGUGAAAAGGCGGAUUUUACUGGGCUCAUUCAGUCUCAGUGCUGACGCAAUGGACAAUUACUUCAUCCAAGCACAACGGAUCCGUCGACUUGUGCAAAGUGACUUUGAUAAAGUCUUUGCAUUCAACAAUCCAUUGAGAACUGGUGCGUCGGGAGAUAAGGAUGGCGUCUCAAGAGUAGAUGUUGUCAUAGGACCAACCACCUCCUCUACUCCACCCAGCCUGUCUUCCAUUCAAAAUGACAGUGAUGCGAUGGCAUCUUUGAAUGCGUACGUAACGGAUGUUCUCACUGUUCCUGCCAGUUUAGCAGGGUUGCCGGCGAUCUCUGUGCCUGUGUCAACCACAAAAACUGACACUAACCCCGGCGUGGACAAGGUAGGGAUUCAGAUCAUAGGCCAAUAUGGCGAUGACGACCUCGUCCUUGAUGUUGGCGAGGCGUUGGAGCAAGCGGAAAUAACCGUGUGAUAUGUAUUGAUAGGCGAAAUACCCCCAGUUUACAAUAUAAAAUAAAUUAUAAUACCACACAAAUGUCUAGUACCGCUUGACGAAAUAAUGUUCAAUAUUCAUCUA